AUGGGGAACCGACGCCUCAUCCCGCUGGUUGUCUUCCUCAUCAUCGGGGCGUGCGCUCCUCACGCUCACGCAUCAUCCCGCCGCGGACUCGCAUUAAUCAACUCCAGCUCGUCAUCUGACGCAAACGGCGAUGUUGUCACAUGGGUCUCUGGCCGUGAGCCUGAUAUCACCACUAGUAGUACGGCACUUCAGGAAGACGACUUCGAUCCCGAUGCUAGGGACUUCCAUGCCGGCCCAGCGCAACGUCGUUCGCGCAACAGCGGGCUCGCAGCAGCCCACGGCAGCGCUAGCGGCGCGUUCCGCAUGGCCAGCAGCAGCGACGUGACGAUUCGCCAUCACACUUCUCGCGGAAAAGGCAGGUGGACGGUUCGCGAGCCGGGCGGCGGAAGGAACGGCGGCUCUGGAAGCGCGCAGGGCGGAGCGCUUCAUGUGACGCGCGGCGGCGCACAAUGGAAUCCCUCAAGUGGCGGUCCGUCCCACCAGCUGCAGAGCAACGAGCGGCGGCAGCAGCACGCGGGGUUCCGCAUGGCAACAGCGAAGGACGUGGCGCUGCGACACACGGCGGGGAACGGCGAUGAGUCGUCAUUUCCGCUGGAAGAGAGCAAUCACGGAACGAAUCGUGGCGUUAACUACUAUCGUGGUGACGAGUACCGCGGGGGUGACAACAACGAAAAUGAUAGCGAUAACAGCGGAGAAGAUUUCGGACGACUCGACGUGAAUUGUGACGGCGGCGAUGGAAGCAACGGUGGAGGUGACGUGAGCAACGGCGAUGGCAGCGGCAGCAGCGGAGGGGGCAGCGGCGUGGACGUAGCAGCAAUUCUGGAGGUCCACAACAAGGCGCGGCAGGAGGUGGGGGUGCCGGACCUGGCAUGGGACGACGGGGUGGCAGCAACAGCGCAGGAUUGGGCGAAUCAGCUGGCGGGCAGAGGGUGCCCUAUGGAGCACGGCGGCGCGGAGGGCCUUGGGCAGAACCUCUACUGGCGCGCACCUGCAGGGCUCACCCCUGAGGAGGACCGCAUGGCGGUGCAGGCGUGGGUGGAUGAGAGGGCGGACUGGACUCCCAGCCCCAUUCCCGACGGGUGUGCGGACGGCAAGAUGUGCUUGCACUACACGCAGGUGGUGUGGCGGGACACCACUUAUGUGGGGUGUGCCUCUGUGCAGUGCCCUGAUGGCAGCGGCAUGUGGGUGUGCGACUACUCGCCCCCGGGCAACUUUAUUGGAUCCAUGCCGUUCUAG